AAAAAGAAACAAAAACAAAAAUGGCUUUCGCCUUCGGCUUUAUAUUAUAGGGUUUUGAAAGCAUUAGUUCAUUUUCUUCUUUCUUUUUGCUCGCGGAUUAGCGGUGUAUUGGCGGUGACAGCCAUAAAGUUGCUAUGGCAUCAGAUAUGUUUGUGGUUCCUCAAACAAGAGGUACUGUCUUGUGUUGCAAAUGUGGUAUUUCAAUGGCGCCAAAUCCUGCCAACAUGUGUGUAACAUGUUUGAGGUCUGAAGUUGACAUCACAGAAGGUUUACGAAAGCAUGUGACCAUUAUGCAUUGUCCCGAUUGUGAUAGCUACUUGCAGCCCCCAAGAACUUGGAUAAAAGCUCAGUUGGAAUCAAAGGAGCUCUUGACGUUUUGUGUGAAACGACUGGAGACUGAUUUGAAGAAAGUUAGGCUGGUAAAUGCUGAAUUCAUUUGGACUGAACCACAUUCUAAGAGAAUCAAGGUCAAGCUGAAGGUUCAAAAAGAGGUUCUUAAUGGAGCGAUUUUGGAGCAAUCUUAUGUUGUCGAGUAUGUUCAACAAGAUAACAUGUGUGACUCUUGUACGAGGUAUCAGGCGAAUCCUGACCAGUGGGUGGCUUCUGUGCAACUCAGACAGCGUGUAUCCCACAGGCGAACCUUCUUUUAUUUGGAACAGCUCAUCCUGAAACAUGAUGCUGCUGCCCAUGCCAUUAAAAUCAAGCAAAUGGAUCAAGGAAUUGAUUUUUUCUUUUCCAACAGGAGUCAUGCUGUGAAGUUUGUCGAAUUUUUAGGUAAAGUUGCUCCAACAAAGAGUAGACAUGACAAACAGCUUGUGUCUCAUGAUCCUAAGAGUAAUAGCUACAAUUACAAGUACACGUUCUCAGUCGAAAUAUCCCCCAUUUGCCGUGAGGAUUUGAUUUGUUUGCCUCCAAAGGUGGCUACUAGUUUGGGGAACCUUGGUCCUCUUGUGAUCUGCACGAAAGUUACGAACAACAUUACGUUGUUGGAUCCGUUUACUCUGAGGCAGUGUUUCUUGGACACUGACCAGUAUUGGAGGCAUUCCUUCAAGUCCCUACUUGGUAGCAGGCAACUGGUGGAAUAUGAUGUCUUUAACAUUGAAGUUGUUUCUCCUGAAUAUAAUCUUGGGGGCUCGAAAUAUGUAAUGGCAGAUGCUGAGGUGGCUCGUGUAAGUGAUUAUGGGAAGUUGUUUUACAUAAGAACACACCUAGGCCAUAUUCUAAAGCCUGGAGAUCGUGCACUCGGGUAUGACCUUUAUGGGGCCAACAAUAAUGAUAUUGAACUCGAUAAGUAUAGAGGACUUGUCCUUCCUGAGGCAAUUCUGAUAAAGAAGAGCUAUGAAGAAAAACGCCAGAAGAAGCGUGGGAAGCCUCGUCCAUGGAAGCUUAAGUCCCUUGAUAUGGAACUAGACGAAUCUAAAGGUAGAGCGAACGAACAGAAGCUGGACACAGAAUAUGAAGAGUUCUUGAGGGAUUUGGAAGAGAACCCUGAGCUAAGGUUCAACUUAUCACUGUACCGUAACAAAGAUUACCAGCCAUCAGAGAUGGUAUCGGUGUCGGAUGGGGAUGAUCUGCCUUCGGUUCCAUUGGAAGAGUUGCUGGCCGAUCUCGAGCUGAGUGAACAAGAAGAUGGUGAAGAUAGCAUGAGAGAAUGAAUCUAUGUUGUACUUCUCACAUACUACUUUUUUUGAGUCUUGCCUUGAAAUGAUGUUUUGAGUUUUUGCUUUGUGUUUUUUGUUUCCGUUUUUUUUUUUUUUUUGGAUAUAGUAAAUAAAUGUUCUAAUCAUGAAUUCUAUCCUUCUUGUAUUACCCUCGAAUUUGACCGCAUUAGGGCUUUCAAAAAUAUUUAAUGUAACAAAGUAGUAUAAAUUAGCUGAUCAAA